AUGCCGAGCUCGCUUUUUGCCGACAUGGAGCGGAACCCCGGCGGCAGCAACAACAACGGCGGCGGCGGAGAGACGCUGGAUGACCAGAGAGCGCUGCAGAUCGCCCUGGAUCAGCUCUCGCUGCUGGGUCUGGACAACGACGAUAGCUCUAUUUACGACAACGAGCCGAGGAAAAAGAGCGUCAACAUGACCGAGUGUGUACCCGUGCCGAGCUCGGAGCAUGUAGCAGAGAUCGUAGGGAGACAAGGUUGCAAAAUCAAAGCUUUGCGGGCGAAGACCAACACCUACAUCAAGACCCCAGUGCGAGGGGAGGAGCCAGUGUUCGUCGUGACCGGCCGCAAAGAGGAUGUGGCCAUGGCCAGGCGAGAGAUCAUCUCAGCGGCCGAGCACUUCUCCAUGAUCCGAGCGUCUCGCAACAAGAACACGGCGCUAAACGGCGCAGCGCCGGGGCCGCCCAACCUCCCAGGUCAGACCACCAUCCAAGUGCGGGUGCCUUACCGAGUGGUAGGGCUAGUGGUUGGGCCGAAGGGGGCGACCAUCAAACGCAUCCAGCAGCAGACCCACACCUACAUCGUCACUCCGAGCCGAGAUAAGGAGCCCGUUUUCGAAGUGACCGGCAUGCCCGAAAAUGUGGACCGGGCCCGGGAGGAGAUCGAGGCUCACAUUGCCAUGAGGACUGGCGGUCUGAUCGAACUGACCGACGACAACGAUUUCCACGCUAACGGCACCGACGUGGGCUUUGAACUGAACGGAGCGGGCAGCCUGUGGAGCAAGCCGACUCCGGGCCGCAAACCCUUCUGCAGCUACCGCAAUGACAGCUCCAGCUCACUGGGCAGUGCCUCCACCGACUCCUACUUCGGGACGGCCGGCCGCCUAGCCGACUACAGUCCGCCCGCCGCCCACUUCUCCGUCAACGGCGGCCACGCCAACGGCUUCGCUUACAGCGACUCGCUCCCUGCCGCCGAAGCCGAGCGCGACUUGGGCUUCGAGUCGCCCAGCUUCGACCCGGCGCCCGCUCCCCCCGCCUCCGCCAUCCUGUGGUCCCAGUACGAGCGGCCGUCCGCCGCCGCCACUACUAACGGGGUCUACCCAGCCGCCGCCACCGCCUCCAACAACGGGGCAUCGUCCAGCCAGCAGCAGCAGCAGCGGAGAGCUAACGGGGGAGGCCCUCCCCGGCUCUCCCCUCCCCCUCCUCCGCCGCCGCCUCCCCCACCUCCUCCGCUGCAAGCUAACGGCGGCCCCGACCACCACCCGCUGGCCCGUCGGGUGCGCAGCGACCCGCUCAGCGGAGUCGCUUCACCCAUCGGUCUGGUACCCUUCCCGGCGGGCGGAGGACCCGGCGCUGGCGGGAUGCUGCCUGGCGCCCACCUCGCUGGCGGGGUCCUCGCCGAAGCUGGCGGAUCUUGCUCCUCUUCCUCAUCCUCAUCUUCGUCCUCCUCGUCCUCCAGUAUGAGGAGGAAAGGCAGCCGCGACUGUCUGAUGUGCUUGGAGAGCGAGGUGAUCGCCGCCCUGGUCCCCUGCGGACACAAUCUCUUCUGCAUGGAUUGUGCAAACCGCAUCUGUGAGAACAACCAGCCCGAAUGCCCCGUGUGUCGCAAAGCUGUUACUCAGGCUAUACGUAUAUUUUCUUAAAAUGCAAACAAAAUACUCCUUUGUAAUACCGCAUCCUGAAAAGUUAGCAAAAAAACCUACAACAUCAAACAUAUCGCGUUUAUUAUGUGAAAUCCGCAGGUUUAAGAGAAUUCUAAAGCAGAAUUGCAUUACAGAUUGAAGUAUUUUAUUCUUUUUUGACUUGAAAAAUUAUAUUUCGUAUGGCAGAUGUUUACAAGUAUUUUAAUUUAAUUUCAGUGAAACUUUUUUGUAGCUGGGUUAAAAAACUUUUUAUUUUCGAAUGGCCUUUUAACUAGGGCACCACGAACACUGUAUGGUUUUGUUAGUAAUCACACAAUACUGUUGCCUGACUGUGAGACCACGCCGAGCAGUAUUCACGAGGGAAGGAGGUUCUGCAAAAAAAAAAGUGAAAGAGACUUUUAAAAUAAACCCGCUUCACCCAGCAUAUUUUCUAGUCAAUGAUAUAAAACAUAUUUUAUUCUAUAUUAUUACGAAAAUGAAAUUAUAAAGUAGCAAAAAUCAAUGAAAGGAAACAGUUAAGCUUUCUAACAUUUGUAUAAGUAGAAUCCAGUGAAAAAUUACAGAUUCUGUUGCACCACUAUAGUUUUUAGUAUUUCUAUUUUAAUACAUUUGUUUACCACUUGUUUAUGUAUAUGUAGGUGAAGUUACUUGAUCGUAAAUGUACUUUAUUGAGCAAAGUUUAAAAACGAAAUAUAUUUUAUUUUAUGAUAAAGGGCCUUUAACCUCAUGGUCAAAUACUAAUAUUAUAUUUGCUGAGACAAGAAUUGAAAUUGUAUCAAGAGUUUUAUUUUUCUGACAUUUAAAGUUCUACAUAAUAAAGGUAAAACUUAAGUAAUGGUGCUACUUCAUGUUUUUUUAAGUAUUUCUAUAUAAAUAAAAUUGGUACAUGGAAUCAAUAAUUCUUGAAGCAUCUGUUGGUCUUAAUAUACUACACACACUUGUGGGCAUGUGUAGGCCAAAUUCUUGAAAGAAAGCAACAAAUAUCUUAAGUAAGCAAUUUGUGAAUGGGUUAAUGAGAUGACAAUGGGAGAUGAUAUUUGCAUCAGUACAAAAUACCUGAUUAUGUAUGCACACUAUAGAUCUAUUUAAAAAAUUGUAUUAUAGUCAUGCUAAGAUACUGUGAAUACAAUAGUGUACUACAGCUACAUUAAUAGUUGCUGCAUGUGCUGUUGGCUUGUAGUUCAGACUGUUAAUUUGCAAUA